AUAGUAUCCUAUCCCUUUUAUUCUCUCUUCUCCCUUGCUCCAUUUUAUCCUUUCCGCAAGACCCAUUCUGGUUUUUUAUCCGACAAAGACUCAUUUAAUGGCCAAUCUGCGUGGAUGUCUUCUUCUUUAAAGCCGACACGCCUUCGUCUCUGCAUUUCGGCCCAAGCACCAGUUCUAGUGCUGCCAGUGAGUUCGCUCUCCUCUCGUUGCCUUGUUUUUGAUCUUGGACAUAUGACAGCUAAGAAUGCCUUCCGUCCACUCAAACUGGUAUCUACUGACAAAUUGACGACGUCAUCUAUUGUGUCCAAGGAUGGGGCAGCAACUUCCUGCCGAAAAUUCUCCAAUAUUUCCGGUUAUACAAAUUCCACAUUCACAUCCUCAGCUGACGGCUCUGACAGUAUUAGAUUUCCAUCUUCCGGUACUUUGCCUCCAGAUCUACCACUUUUUAAUUGUCAAUAUUGCCUGAACGAGACGGCCGCAAAUGGCACUCAUGAGCAUGUAGGGUUACUUUCUUCUCAUACAUCAAAGUCGCAUCGGACUGUGGAAGAAUUCCUGAACAAUCCCGAGGCUUCGAUAAGCGGUACUUUUCAUUAG